AUGAACUUCUUUCGGCGAAAGGUGCAGGUUCUGCCGGCGCCGGACCGCGAGCCUCAGAAUCCGUCACCUGCCGGGAAACUCGGCGCAAUUGUCGGCGCUGAGCGGUCCGAUGGCGGCGCAAGCGGCGGCGAGAAGCCCGCCACGACUGGCGGCGCGAUGGACGGCGUGGUUCGCGCUGUGUCGAGCGAUUGGAUGGGCCGGCCUGACCUCAAAGGAGAAGAGCACGUGCAUAUCCACGUGCCAGGGACGCUUGGGGUCUUGGCUCGGCCCAAUGCUACCCUGGCGGAGAUUUGGGAGGCUCGGCCGGACCUGCUAGGCUCGGGGCGGCGGUACUUCCUGACCACGCGGCUUCGGGGGGAGAGCGGGGGGGGGAGGGGGGGCGCGGGGGGGCGCGGAGGGGGAGGAGGGGGAGUGGAGCGCGCGAGUGCAAAGGUGGAGGUGCUGUUUCGGGGGGGAGACAGGCUGAGAGCGGGACUUAGGCUGAGGAGGGGGGCUGAGGUACCGCACUCACUGCUGACUGGGGUGAGAGCGGGGCUGAGGUACCGCGCGCACUGCUGGUUGGAUGAGUCCUUUUCUCUGGGAGUGCUAGGCAGUGGUGAGGAGGUGAGAGCAGGCGGAAAUGCGUCUCAAGGUGGAGGUGCUGUUCCGGGGGGCCGACAGACUGAGGGCGGGGCUGAGGUACCGCGCGCACUGCUGGCUGGGGUGAGAGCGGGGUUGAGGUACCGCGCGCACUGCUGGCUGGGUGAGUCCUUUUCUCUGGGAGUGCUAGGCAGUGGUGAGGAGGUGAGAGCAGGCGGAAAUGCGUCUCAAGGUGGAGGUGCUGUUCCGGGGGGCCGACAGACUGAGGGCGGGGCUGAGGUACCACGCGCACUGCUGGCUGGGGUGAGAGCGGGGUUGAGGUACCGCGCGCACUGCUGGCUGGGUGAGUCCUUUUCUCUGGGAGUGCUAGGCAGUGGUGAGGAGGUGAGAGCAGGCGGAAAUGCGUCUCAAGGUGGAGGUGCUGUUCCGGGGGGCCGACAGACUGAGGGCGGGGCUGAGGCUGAGGGCGGGGCUGAGGCUGAGGGCGGGGCUGAGGGCCAGAGCACUCGGGAGCAGGAGGAGGAGGAGGGGCAGGGAGGGGCAAGGGGACGAGAGGAGGGGGAGAUGAAGGGGGGGACGCGGAGCAGCACUCUCUGUCUUCUCACCUCGCAUUCGCAUCGCUCUCGUGAGUUGGGCGAGGAGGGCAAUGGGUGGUGGGUAGGAGGGGGUGGUGAGAGGGAGGAGGAGAUGAAGGGGAGGGCGCGGAGCAGCGCCCUCUGUCUUCGCACCUCGCCUUCGCAUCGCUCUCGUGAGUUGGGAGGGGGUGAUCUAAUCAGGGAGGGAGGGGAUGAGGGGUGGGGAGAUGAGGGGUGGGAGGAUGAGGGGUGGGAGGUUGAUGAGUCGGGGAAUGAGGGGUGGGGGAAUGAGGGAUGGGGGGAUGAGGGGAAAACCACGCUGCAGCAGCUGUGGCGCCGACCCCCCACUACCCUUUCCUGCCACUCCUCUCUCUCUCCCUGCACAGAGGAGGUGCCUGGGGGAACCACGCUGCAGCAGCUGUGGCGCCGACGACACAUGUUCCCCCCCCCUUCUUGUUCCCUCUCCCUCUCUCAUGUUCCCCACCCCUUCUUGUUCCCUCUCCCUCUCUCAUGUUCCCCACCCCUUCUUGUUCCCUCUCCCUCUCUCAUGUUCCCCCCCCCUUCUUGUUCCCUCUCCCUCUCUCAUGUUCCCCCCCCCUUCUUGUUCCCUCUCCCUCUCUCAUGUUCCCCCCCCCUUCUUGUUCCCUCUCCCUCUCUCAUGUUCCCCCCCCCUUCUUGUUCCUCUCCCUCUCUCAUGUUCCCCCCCUCUUCUCAUGUUCCCCCCCCUUCUUGUUCCCUCUCCCUCUCUCAUGUUCCCCCCCCUUCUUGUUCCCUCUCCCUCUCUCAUGUUCCCCCCCCCUUCUUGUUCCCUCUCCCUCUCUCAUGUUCCCCCCCCUUCUUGUUCCCUCUCCCUCUCUCAUGUUCCCCCCCCCUUCUUGUUCCCUCUCCCUCUCAUCAUGUUCCCCCCCCCUUCUUGUUCCCUCUCCCUCUCUCAUGUUCCCCCCCCCUUCUUGUUCCCUCUCCCUCUCUCAUGUUCCCCCCCCCUUCUUGUUCCCUCUCCCUCUCUCAUGUUCCCCCCCCCUUCUUGUUCCCUCUCCCUCUCUCAUGUUCCCCCCCCCUUCUUGUUCCCUCUCCCUCUCUCAUGUUCCCCCCCCCUUCUUGUUCCCUCUCCCUCUCUCAUGUUCCCCCCCCCUUCUUGUUCCCUCUCCCUCUCUCAUGUUCCCCCCCCCUUCUUGUUCCCUCUCCCUCGCUCAUGUUCCCCCCCCCUUCUUGUUCCCUCUCCCUCUCUCAUGUUCCCCCCCCCUUCUUGUUCCCUCUCCCUCUCUCAUGUUCCCCCCCCUUCUUGUUCCCUCUCCCUCUCUCAUGUUCCCCCCCCCUUCUUGUUCCCUCUCCCUCUCUCAUGUUCCCCCCCCCUUCUUGUUCCCUCUCCCUCUCUCAUGUUCCCCCCCCCUUCUUGUUCCCUCUCCCUCUCUCAUGUUCCCCCCCCCUUCUUGUUCCCUCUCCCUCUCUCAUGUUCCCCCCCCCUUCUUGUUCCCUCUCCCUCUCUCAUGUUCCCCCCCCCUUCUUGUUCCCUCUCCCUCUCUCAUGUUCCCCCCCCCUUCUUGUUCCCUCUCCCUCUCUCAUGUUCCCCCCCCCUUCCUGUUCCCUCUCCCUCUCUCAUGUUCCCCCCCCCUUCUUGUUCCCUCUCCCUCUCUCAUGUUCCCCCCCCCUUCUUGUUCCCUCUCCCUCUCUCAUGUUCCCCCCCCCUUCUUGUUCCCUCUCCCUCUCUCAUGUUCCCCCCCCCUUCUUGUUCCCUCUCCCUCGCUCAUGUUCCCCCCCCCUUCUUGUUCCCUCUCCCUCGCUCAUGUUCCCCCCCCCUUCCUGUUCCCUCUCCCUCUCUCAUGUUCCCCCCCCCUUCUUGUUCCCUCUCCCUCUCUCAUGUUCCCCCCCCCUUCUUGUUCCCUCUCCCUCUCUCAUGUUCCCCCCCCCUUCUUGUUCCCUCUCCCUCUCUCAUGUUCCCCCCCCCUUCUUGUUCCCUCUCCCUCUCUCAUGUUCCCCCCCCCUUCUUGUUCCCUCUCCCUCUCUCAUGUUCCCCCCCCCUUCUUGUUCCCUCUCCCUCUCUCAUGUCCCCCCCCCUUCCUGUUCCCUCUCCCUCUCUCAUGUUCCCCCCCCCUUCUUGUUCCCUCUCCCUCUCUCAUGUUCCCCCCCCCUUCUUGUUCCCUCUCCCUCUCUCAUGUUCCCCCCCCCUUCUUGUUCCCUCUCCCUCUCUCAUGUUCCCCCCCCCUUCUUGUUCCCUCUCCCUCUCUCAUGUUCCCCCCCCUUCUUGUUCCCUCUCCCUCUCUCAUGUUCCCCCCCCCUUCUUGUUCCCUCUCCCUCGCUCAUGUUCCCCCCCCCUUCUUGUUCCCUCUCCCUCGCUCAUGUUCCCCCCCCCCUUCCUGUUCCCUCUCCCUCUCUCAUGUUCCCCCCCCCUUCUUGUUCCCUCUCCCUCUCUCAUGUUCCCCCCCCCUUCUUGUUCCCUCUCCCUCUCUCAUGUUCCCCCCCCCUUCUUGUUCCCUCUCCCUCUCUCAUGUUCCCCCCCCCUUCCUGUUCCCUCUCCCUCUCUCAUGUUCCCCCCCCCUUCUUGUUCCCUCUCCCUCUCUCAUGUUCCCCCCCCCUUCUUGUUCCCUCUCCCUCUCUCAUGUUCCCCCCCCCUUCUUGUUCCCUCUCCCUCUCUCAUGUUCCCCCCCCCUUCUUGUUCCCUCUCCCUCGCUCAUGUUCCCCCCCCCUUCUUGUUCCCUCUCCCUCUCUCAUGUUCCCCCCCCCUUCUUGUUCCCUCUCCCUCUCUCAUGUUCCCCCCCCCCUUCUUGUUCCCUCUCCCUCUCUCAUGUUCCCCCCCCCCUUCUUGUUCCCUCUCCCUCUCUCAUGUUCCCCCCCCCUUCUUGUUCCCUCUCCCUCUCUCAUGUUCCCCCCCCCUUCUUGUUCCCUCUCCCUCUCUCAUGUUCCCCCCCCCUUCUUGUUCCCUCUCCCUCGCUCAUGUUCCCCCCCCCCUUCUUGUUCCCUCUCCCUCGCUCAUGUUCCCCCCCCCUUCCUGUUCCCUCUCCCUCUCUCAUGUUCCCCCCCCCUUCUUGUUCCCUCUCCCUCUCUCAUGUUCCCCCCCCCUUCUUGUUCCCUCUCCCUCUCUCAUGUUCCCCCCCCCUUCUUGUUCCCUCUCCCUCGCUCAUGUUCCCCCCCCCUUCUUGUUCCCUCUCCCUCGCUCAUGUUCCCCCCCCCCUUCUUGUUCCCUCUCCCUCUCUCAUGUUCCCCCCCCCUUCUUGUUCCCUCUCCCUCUCUCAUGUUCCCCCCCCCUUCUUGUUCCCUCUCCCUCUCUCAUGUUCCCCCCCCCUUCUUGUUCCCUCUCCCUCUCUCAUGUUCCCCCCCCCUUCUUGUUCCCUCUCCCUCUCUCAUGUUCCCCCCCCCCUUCUUGUUCCCUCUCCCUCUCUCAUGUUCCCCCCCCCUUCUUGUUCCCUCUCCCUCUCUCAUGUUCCCCCCCCCUUCUUGUUCCCUCUCCCUCUCUCAUGUUCCCCCCCCCUUCUUGUUCCCUCUCCCUCGCUCAUGUUCCCCCCCCUUUCUUGUUCCCUCUCCCUCUCUCAUGUUCCCCCCCCCUUCUUGUUCCCUCUCCCUCUCUCAUGUUCCCCCCCCCUUCUUGUUCCCUCUCCCUCGCUCAUGUUCCCCCCCCCUUCUUGUUCCCUCUCCCUCUCUCAUGUUCCCCCCCCCUUCUUGUUCCCUCUCCCUCUCUCAUGUUCCCCCCCCCUUCUUGUUCCCUCUCCCUCUCUCAUGUUCCCCCCCCCUUCUUGUUCCCUCUCCCUCGCUCAUGUUCCCCCCCCCUUCUUGUUCCCUCUCCCUCUCUCAUGUUCCCCCCCCCUUCUUGUUCCCUCUCCCUCUCUCAUGUUCCCCCCCCCUUCUUGUUCCCUCUCCCUCUCUCAUGUUCCCCCCCCCUUCUUGUUCCCUCUCCCUCUCUCAUGUUUCCCCCCCCCUUCUCAUGUUCCUCCCCUCCCCUUCUUGUUCCCUCUCCUCUCCUUCAGGUUUCCCCGCUCCCCUUCUUGUUCCCUCUCCCUCUCUCAUGUUCCCCCCCCCUUACUUGUUCCCCUCGCCCUCUCUCAUGUUCCCCCCCCUUCUUGUUCCCUCUCCCUCUCUCAUGUUCCCGUCCCCCCUUCUGUUCCCUCUCCCUCUCUCAUGUUCCCCCCCCCUUCUUGUUCCCUCUCCCUCUCUCAUGUUCCCCCCCCCUUCUUGUUCCCUCUCCCUCUCUCAUGUUCCCUCCCCCCCCCUUAUUGUUCCCUCUCCCUCGCAUCAUGUUCCCCCCCCUUCGUUGUUCCCUUCUCCCUCUCGUCAUGUUCCCCCCGCCCCUUCUUGGUUCCCCUCUCCCUCUCUCAUGUUCCCCCCCCCUUCUUGUUCCCCUCUCCCUCUCUCAUGUUCCCCCUUCUUGUUCCCUCUCCCUAUCCUCAUGUUCCCCCCCCCCUUCGUGUUCCCUCUCCCUCUCUCAGGUUCCCCGCCCCCUUCUUGUUCCCUCGCCCUCUCUCAUUGUUUCCCCCCCCCCUUCUUGUUUCCCUCUCCCUCGCUCAUGUUUCCCACCCCCUUCCUGAGUUCCCUCUCCCGCUCUCAUGUUCACCCCCCUUCUUGUUCCCUCUCCCUCUCUCAAUGUUCCCCCCCCCUUCUUGUUCCCUCUCCCUCUCUCAUGUUCCCCCCACCCUUCUUGUUCCCUCUCCCUCUCUCAUGGUCCCCCCCCUUCUUGUUCCCUCUCCCUCUCUCAUGUUCCCCCCCCCCUUCUUGUUCCCUCUCCCUCUCUCAUGUUCCCCCCCCCUUCUUGUUCCCUCUCCCUCUCUCAUGUUCCCCCCCCCUUCUUUGUUCCCUCUCUCCCUCUCUCAUGUGUCCCCCCCCCUGCUUGUUCCCUCUCCCUCUCUCAUGUUUCCCUUCCCCCCCCCCCUUCUUGUUCCCUCUCCCUCUCUCAUGUUCCCGCCCCCCUUCUUGUUCCCUCUCCCUCUCUCAUGUCCCCCCCCCUUCUGUUCCCUCUCCCUCUCUCAUGUUCCCCCCCCCUUCUUGUUCCCUCUCCCCUCGCUGCAUGUUCCCCCCCCCCUUCUUGUUCCCUCUCCCUCUCUCAUGUUCCCCCCCCCUUCUUGUUCCCGUCUCCCUCUCUCAUGUUCCCCCCCCCUUCUUGUUCCCUCUCCCUCUCUCAUGUUCCCCCCCCUUCUUGUUCCCUCUCCCUCUCUCAUGUUCCCCCCCCCUUCUUGUUCCCUCUCCCUCUCUCAUGUUCCCCCCCCCUUCUUGUUCCUCUCCCUCUCUCAUGUUCCCCCCCCCUUCUUGUUCCCUCUCCCUCUCUCAUGUUCCCCCCCCCUUCUUGUUCCCUCUCCCUCUCUCAUGUUCCCCCCCCCUUCUUGUUCCCUCUCCCUCUCUCAUGUUCCCCCCCCCUUCUUGUUCCCUCUCCCUCUCUCAUGUUCCCCCCCCUCUCUUGUUCCCUCUCCCUCUCUCAUGUUCCCCCCCCUUCUUGUUCCCUCUCCCUCUCUCAUGUUCCCCCCCCCCUUCUUGUUCCCUCUCCCUCUCUCAU